GCAUUUCCUGUGCGUCCCUAUCAGCAGCCUUUCGCUCUGCCUGGGCCCGAGAGCCGCGCUCCGCAUUCUGUGGUCGACCAACUACACCGGUCACCAGUCAUCGCGGUCACCCAAACUGCAGUGGGCUGUUCUCGUCUUCCCCCGAGGGGCGUCACGGAAGCGCCCAGGAUGGGCUUCUGAAAAUCAAGAGCAAGGACGAAGUCGAUGUGGCCGCAGGUCCGUGGGUGAAGGCGGCCAGACUUCCCCAAUUCCCCGCCUCUCAUUCAGGGAUCCGAGGAGCCGACGCUCCAAACUCGUAGUUUCUAGGCGGCGGACGGUACGGACUAGUCUGGCCUCCCCGUAGCCCGCCCGUGGGCGUGGCUGGAGCUGAAGCCGGGAGCCCAGCGGCUGCCUCUGUCGGCCUCCUCGCGCGGGGCACGGACGGCGCAGGGAUGGCCACCAGGGUCCGCACAACUGCCACCUGGGUCCCACCCCUUCAGGAACGAGACAGUUCAGGCUGUGGGAUCAGAAAGCCCCGAGGUCAGGAACCCACUGUGGGUCAGAGGACCCCCGACCGGAAGCGUAUCCCAGGAGGACCCCAGCAGAGGCAGAAGAGUCACGGGACAGAGCAGGUCCCAGCCUGGCUGUGUACUUCCCAGGAACAGCUGGAACCCACCACGUCCCAGGAGUCACUGUCAUUCACGGAUGUGUUUGUGCACUUUACCUGGGAAGAGUGGCAGCUGCUGGACCCAGCUCAGAGACACCUGCACAGGAGCGUGAUGCUGGAGAACUACAGCAACCUGGCAUUCCUGGGGUAUCAGUCCACCAAGCCUGAUAUCAUCUUCCGGUUGGAACACGGAGAGCUGUGGAUGAUGCAGCCCCAAGUUCCAAGUCUAGGCCAUUCAGCUUAUUAUACAGGAUAUAAUCUCAAGAUACCUGAGAUGAAUGAUGAUUCACAGAAGGGAAGAGAAGGCUUGGAUAAAGAAAUAAGUUCAGAUAUUUGCUAAAGGACAUCCCCUAAAUCUGGAAAACCUCAUGAAUGUGUAUUUCGUCAUUGAUGUACUAUGAAGGUACACACAGUACGAAUAAGCACAUAAGGGAAAAUUUAUGUGUAGUUUACUCCUCACAGUCAAUGAGAUUUUAAAAGUUGCUGUGUGGUGUGAUGCAAGUCCACUUGAAACCUCACAGACUGUCGGAUGCUGUGGGGAAGGAUGGUGCUGGAUUCGGUUGUAAUCUGAAAUGCAGUGGUAAGUUUAAUCUUAAACUUACCAGAUACUUGAAACUUAGAGGAAAUUAAUAGAUGAACAACCAGUAAAUAAAACAACUUACAUUAACAGUUGAAUUUCUGGUGUGAAAAUCUACCCAAUCUCUGCAACCCAGCCCCGGAAGAUGAAGAUGUUCCAGAGACUUUUCUGUAACAGUUGAUAAUUACAGAAAAGUUCAAGGAAAGAUGAUUUCACUAUUUUAUAACAUUGUCCAGAAAACAAACAUUGG